UCUUUCUACCUCUCUUUAUCUUUCCCUCACACACACGCACUCUCACACUCACACAUACGCCAAAGCUGACACUGCAGCAGAAAAACAGGCCGGCAGGAUUUCUCCCCGGCUGUAGCGUAGCAUCAGAGAGGGACUCCAUUGGCUGAGAGAGAGAAGGACGGUCUUCGUGGUUGCUCUGUCGAGGAGUACCCGACCAGAGGCAACGGGCUGUGUGUGUGUUAAUGUGUUAGGUCCGUGUGUGUGUGAGCACCGCAGCAGGAGCAGCAGCACUGCAGAUGCUGACUGAGUCCGGGGCUCGGCUCAACGCCUCAUCCUCCCCUCCCCCCUUGGAGCAUCGACGUGGAAAAGAAGAUCCAUCGCUCUCAACCUCUGUGUGUGUGUCAGUGAACGUGUGUGUGGGUGUUAGUGUAAGAGCAGAGCUGGUGUGUCAUCCACUGCUCUGCCAGCGUAUCCGUUUCGUCGGCCCUCUCCCUGUCCCAGAAUGCUUCACUCUGCGCCCCUAUGCUGAGGCGGCGUUGGGCAGUAUGGGCGCUGCGCUGGCCGGGACCCCCCCCCACGGAUCUAAGCUGCCCCCCCGGGACGGGCGCACACCGCACCCCUGCUGAUGGGCGAGGACACUGACACCACCCGAACGCUCAACCACGGCUUCCUCCGAGACCACAACUAUGUGACUGAAGCUGACAUCAUCUCCACUGUAGAGUUCAACCACACUGGAGAGCUCCUGGCCACAGGGGAUAAGGGGGGGCGAGUGGUCAUCUUCCAGAGGGAACCUGAGUGUAAGACAGAGCCGUAUUCCCAGGGCGAGUAUAAUGUCUACAGCACAUUCCAGAGCCACGAGCCAGAGUUUGAUUACCUUAAGAGUCUGGAGAUCGAGGAGAAGAUCAACAAGAUACGAUGGCUGCCUCAGCAGAACGCCGCCCACUUCCUCCUUUCCACCAAUGAUAAGACCAUUAAGCUAUGGAAGGUGAGUGAGCGGGACAAGAGGCCUGAAGGCUACAACCUGAAGGAUGAGGAGGGCAGGAUAAAGGACCUCUCCACUGUCACCUCACUACAGGUGCCGGUGUUGAAGCCCAUGGAUCUGAUGGUGGAGGUCAGUCCUCGGCGUGUGUUUGCCAACGCCCACACCUACCACGUCAACUCCAUCUCCGUCAACUCCGACCACGAGACCUACAUGUCAGCUGACGACCUGAGGAUCAACCUCUGGCAUCUGGGCAUCACCGACCGCAGCUUCAACAUCGUGGACAUUAAGCCAGUGAACAUGGAGGAUCUGACAGAGGUGAUAACAGCAGCAGAGUUCCACCCUCACCACUGUAACCUGUUGGUCUACAGCAGCAGUAAGGGAACUCUACGGCUCUGUGACAUGAGAGAGGCCGCACUGUGUGACAAACACUCCAAACUGUUUGAGGAGCCGGAGGACCCCAGUAACCGCUCCUUCUUCUCGGAAAUCAUCUCGUCUGUGUCGGACGUCAAGUUCAGCCACAGCGGGCGCUACCUGCUGACCAGAGACUACCUCACCGCCAAGGUGUGGGACCUCAACAUGGAGAACAAGCCCCUGGAGAUAUAUCAAGUGCAUGAUUACCUCCGCAGCAAGCUGUGCUCCCUUUAUGAGAACGACUGCAUAUUCGACAAGUUUGAGUGUGCCUGGAACGGCUCAGACAGUGUGAUCAUGACGGGGGCCUACAACAACUUCUUCCGGAUGUUUGACCGGAACACAAAGCGUGACGUGACCCUGGAGGCGUCCAGGGAGAGCAGUAAGCCCCGGGCCGUUCUCAAGCCUCGCCGCGUCUGCCAGGGUGGGAAACGUCGCAAGGAUGACAUCAGCGUGGACAGCCUGGACUUCACCAAGAAGAUCCUGCACACGGCCUGGCACCCCACGGAGAACAUCAUCGCCAUCGCUGCCACCAACAACCUGUACAUCUUCCAGGACAAAUUCAACUAGGAGAUGCACGGCCGAGAGAGGGAAAGUGCAGGAGGCUGGAGACACACAUACACACACACACACUCUCCAGACGACAGGGCAAUACUGUGGAGACACACUCCAGAGUGCUCACUCCCUGCCUUCCACACUUCCAACCAAUGAAGUGUUUGAAGCCCCCCCCCCCCCCGAAAUACUGGAUGGACCCGCCUUGCCCUAGGGCCAAACAGGGGGAGCUGAAUUACCCAAUGAGAAUGAUGUUGGUUUAUGGUUUCUCUUAGUCUUAAUCAUGGAUGUGUUGACUGUUGACCUCUUGAUUGUGGCUGAUCUGAUUGUGUUUGUUUCGCUAUUGGUCGUUUUUUCAUUCCGAGGGAUUGACCUCUUGGCGGGAGGAGCUUUUACAUGUGUCUGUCUUUUUCUGUUCAUCUGCCUCAUCCUCUUCUUCCUCCUCCUCUUCUCUCCCUCUGUUUCUGUACAUGUUUGUGCUCAGUCCAACCCCCCUCUCCUACACUCUUAGAAGAAAUGGUUCCAAAAGGAUUUUUCAGCUGUCCCCAGUGUCUCUUUUUUGGUUCAGCGUAGAAUCCUUUUGGGUUCCACGUAGAACCCUCUGUGGAAAGGGUUCUGCAUGAAAGCUAAAAUGGCUCUACCGGGAACCAAAAAGGGUUGUUCAAAGGGUUCUCUAAUGGGGACAGCCAAAGAACCAUUUUAGGUUCUAGAGUGUUUUUAAGAGUGUACAGUCUGACGGACUAAUUUGAUCAUUGACGUCGGUGUAAAAAACCCUUUGUGGUUCCUGGUGGUGACUAUCGUGGAAACGGAACGCUUGCUGGAUGUUUCAAGUUUUAUUAUAGUUUUUCCAGUUAAAAUCACCAAUUCACAUAUUUUUGUAAAUUCUCGUUAAUGAUGUUGAUGGUAAUAUUGAUGGUGAUGACAAUGACAGUUAUUGGUAUACGUAUAACAGUGACAUGUCACAGUUGGACUUGGGUUCCACUAGGCUGUCUGUCACAGCUUGGUGACAUUUACUCCUUACGUUUCCGUUGAUUGUGGACACUGCUGGGGAUCUUGCCUGUGUCGUGUGCUACUUUGCAAUGAAACACAAUUAAUGAAGCAAAAACAAAGUCCAACAAUCAAGCAAAAAAAUAUGCUGCAUGAUGAACAAAAAUGAUGUGUUUAUAUACAUUUACUGGCUGCCUUUCUAACCAUAAACAGGCUGUAAAAAGGCUUCUGGAGCUCUGCCUCUACACAGCACUAGUUACCAUAGACGACAACAAUGAGCUCUCCUUUUGUUUGUGUUCACAAGACACAAAAAGCAUGUUUAACAGUGUUCGGUUUUUACGGUGUACAUUUGAAAUGAAGCCGAACUUAAAUCAGUUAAAAAUUUAAGAAACUGAACCGGAGGAAUUGGGAAUGUUUUAUCAGCGUUGUUAUCUAGACCUUUAAAAGGAGCUAAUUGGCUCUGCGACAUAUUGAUAAGAAACAAACCAGUCAUCUGUAAUGACGAUGGUGUCCAUGACAAUGUGAGAGAGAUUAUUGCACUCUACUCUCCAGCAAUUUCAUUUAUUUCUAUAUUUUUGGAAACACCCAUCACUUGUGUUUGAUUCCAUGUCCUGCUGCCCUGGCAUUGAUUCACAUCUUUGUUUUGUUCACGUAUUUUCAAGAAGAAGAAAAAGUCAAAUGAACAAUUAUAAAUAUGUUAAUAUGUUUUUUUUCCCUGAAUAAAGAUUUCAACAAAAUUUGCAUCAUA